AUGCAGACAACCCACAAACAAAUGCGGGAACUCAAAAAACCCCAUGGGGUACCGCCACCCACCAACGCUUACAGUCCGCAUUCAAGAAAUGCAGCUUUUCAAGCCUGUGAAGCUUGCUAUUCUCGAAAAAAGCGAUGUGUCAUGAGCCCGAGUCAUCAUCAAUGCACCUAUUGCUUCAGAGAAGGCCAACGUUGCGUACCGAGGGAGCGACCGGUCAGACGGGUGCGAAAAUACGUAGAUGAGGCCUCCGAUGAGCCCCCCCGCCCCAAAUAUGAUUUGCCAUUGCCGCAUGGAAUCGACCAUGAGGUGCCGCGAUGGAGCGCAGUGUAUUCAAUGUUCUCGGAAAUGAUGAGGCUGAUUCCUCCUGGGGAAAAUGGGGAAGGUGAAGAAAAUGAGGCUAAGAAUAAUCGGAAGCGUGCUGUUUCUACAGAUGACGAGCACAGCCCUAAUCGGAAAAAGAGUUGUCCCGCCAACAAACACUCGUCCAGCCGUGCUUCACAAGCCCCCGAUAUUCAACAAACUCCCAAUACCAUGAUUCACGAGGCAGGUCAUAGAACAUCAUCCUCUGGUGUCUUACCUACGUCGAAACCCUCUAUAUCCGCCCCGACGAACCGUCCAUUACCUGGGAAUAAUGGCACGGGAAUCUGUUUUGGGGAACUGGAUGGUUUGCUUCGGUUCUGA